AUGCACGGAAAAUUGAGAUGCCAAAAGACUCAUAAGGGCUUCCUUGCUUUGCGGGGAGGCCAGGAAAAUUUUAAUUGGACCAACCCUGCUGUCAAUCCUUCCUCCAUUGGAAAGAAUCAUUGGAAGGAAGUCGCCACCAUCACAGCCCGUGAUCAAGAUCAAAGCAAUGAUGAGGAACAAGAUGAUGGCGACGAUGCAUUAGUAGAGGAGGAGGAGGAGGAAUCUUACGACGGGCUGAUAUUCUUCGAUGGUCAUGGGAAGAUCGAGGAACGGGAGGCGUUGACCAAGCUAGCCCAACACCUCACCCGGCUCCAAUUGAGGGUGAGCCCUCAAGGGUUCUGCUUCCAGGAUGUUACCGGGCUAGGCGAGCACAAAGAUUUUAGGUUUCACUACCUCCGAUUGAAUGAUUUUUUCAACUGGCUGAAUCACGGUAUCAAAAUAACGGGCAUCACCACGUGGCGACGCCUGGUGUUGCAGUACUCCGUACCAAAAGGGGAGAAGAAGCGGCCGAUGGCUGGAGGAGCUGCUGUGAGCAAGAAGAAGUACGAGGAGUUGAAAAGAAUGAUUGAAGAAAGGGAUUAA